AUGGCCGAGUUCUUCAAGCGUAUGCGAUUUGGACCUCCUCCAUACGACGACGCCCACAAAGACGACAGUUCUUACGCUCUGCUUGUCGGCUGUGAACCAGAAGAUAACUUCGCCUUCUACGAAAAGAAAGAACCAGAAGUUGGACUCAGCGAUGAAGUUUCGACUACUGCAGCGACCGUCAGAAACACCGAGGCCGGCAAAAGCGAAGAGAGCGCGACCGGAAAAGAGGAAGAGGAUGCAAUCCCGACAGAAGAAGAUAGCGAGGCCGAAGAAGAUAUGAGUGAGGCCGCAAUGCGAUACUUCGAGGGUCUCCAGUCCAACUCAGAACCCGAAGACUUUAUGGACAUGAGAAUGAAUCUCAUCUACGAGUGCAUCGACUCAUACUUCAAUCUCUUCCUCGAGCCCAAGUUCUCGUAG